AUGUUGGCGCAUUACAAAUUGAUCGGCUGUGGCUGGGGCGCACGUGUGUGGCGCCCUCCAUCGUCAUGGUUGAUUUGCUGCACCAACGCUUUUCCCCGAUCCUUCAGUCGAGAAGUCUGGGGUAUAAAAGAGAAAAGUGUUUGUUUUUCUGGUUCUUGCUCGAUGAAUUGUCUGCGCUCUGUACGCCACUACACAAUGUCUUCAAUCUCUGCGCCUGUGUCCUGCUCGCCCUUCACCAAGGCUGUGGUGAGUUCUAUGCGAAAGCUACAGAAAAACUCGGUGCUCUUGACCAUCGACCUGACGACAGCCGUCGCAGAUGAGGCCAUCCGGCGGCGCGACUCAGUGGUCGUGGCAUACCACCCGAUUAUCUUCCGCGGCCUCAAGGCCAUCACCCUAGACGACACCCAGCAGCGCUCGCUCCUACGGCUCGCACAGCACGGCAUCAGCGUGUACUCGCCGCACACGGCCGUCGACACGGUCCCGGGCGGCAUGGCCGACUGGCUCUGCGACGUGGUAACAGGAUCCUUCAAGUCGACCUCAGCCACCCCGCAACGACCCAUCCCAGAGAGCGCCUCAAAGCUAUAUUCCGAGCCAACAUACCCGCACCCAGAAACCGCAGCAACAACAACAACAACCUCCACAUCCACAUCCACAUCCACUCCGACAACCCCGCACACCCGCAGCACAAUCCACCCCUCCCCACUAUCCUCCAUCCCAGCAGGCCUCGAAACCGCCGGCGCCGGCCGCUUAGUAACCUUCAGCGAGCCGCAACCCCUCCCAACUCUAAUCGACCACAUCGCCCAAGGCGUCGGCCUACCAGGCGGGAUCCCCAUCGCGAUUCCCCAGUCCGCGUCUUCAAUCAACGACCUGCGCAUCCGCACUGUCAGCAUGUGCCCGGGCUCCGGCGCCGGCGUCCUCCUGCGUGCCCCCGGCCCGCUCCCGGACCUCCUCUUCACCGGCGAGAUGAGUCACCACGAAGCUCUGGCUGCUACCGAGCGCGGCUCUGUGGUCAUCUCGCUGGCGCACUCGAAUUCCGAGCGCGGGUAUCUGCGUGCUGUGAUGCGUGCUCGUCUCGCUGAGGAUGUUGAGGACUGCUGGCGGAGGGAUCGCGAGGAUGCGCUUGGGGCGCUGCGCGAUUCUGCGAAGCAGGGUGGGGCUGCGAUUGCGUCUGCGUCUGCGUCGGGCGAGUUGGAUGUUUACUCGGAUGGGGAGGUUGAAGUUGCGGUUAGUAAGGCUGAUCGGGAUCCUUAUGGGAUUAUGGUUUGGCGUGGUUGA